CAUAAAUCCCGCGGACUUUUUUUGACAUGGCUCUAUGGCUUCAUUAUUUUGACAUUUCGAUGUCAAGCGCUACGUAUUUCUUCGGAAAAGUCCUUUUUUCAAUCGUUUUUCGCAAUUCCUCUCCUUUCUUCAUACGAAUAAAAGCGUAGGGAGAUAAGCUCGACAAACGGUCUACUGAAAUUCGCAUACGGGACCGAGAAAUACGUCCACAGCCAUGUGACACGAAUACGAAAAACUGCUUCCAUACCGUCAAUGUGACAGAGAUGUUUUCUGCCAUCGCGACGAGUGAACGCCACCGCGGAGCCGAGACGGCCACGACGCGAGCUACCCGGACGGCGAUAUAGGGCAAGCGCGUCAAAAAUGUGCGCGAGAUGGCCAGUCCGCCUCCGAACCCUAGAGCUGGCGGGGACGACGGCGGCGGGCGCGGCGAGGGCGAGGACUCCCCGCCCGACGCGCCGAAGACGGUCCUAGCGCCGCCGCCCGCGCCGCCGCCGCCGCCGCACGCGCCGCACGGCACGCACGGCACGCACGGCACGCACGGCACGCACGGCACGCACGCGCCGCACGGGCCGCACGGCACCAAGCUGCACUACGUGGCGCUGGCCGCACCCGGGCCCAGCGGCAUCAAGCAGUGCUUCCGCACCGUGAAGGCGGCGCGGCGCGUGCCCACGCUGCCGCGCCGGCGCGAGGACCCCGCCGCCCCCGCGCCGCCGCCCGAGCCGCGCGAGCGCCGCGCGCGCCGCGACCGCUCCAAGCGCCACGUCUGCGGCACCUGCGACAAGCGCUUCUCCAGCCCCGGCAAGCUCAGCCAGCACGUCCUCUCCCACACCGGCGAGCUCCCCUUUUCCUGUGACCUCUGCGAUAAGCGAUUCAACUCUAAAUUCAAACUCGUCCGACAUAAUCUCAUCCAUAGCGAGGCCCGAGCUUUUGCGUGCAAUGUCUGCGGUAAAACAUUCAAUAGAAAAGAUCACCUCACUAACCAUGUCAGAGUUCACAAUCCCGUCAAAAAGCUAUACACAUGUGAGAGGCCAGAUUGUAGGAAAUCAUACACUUCUCUACUUAGUUAUAGGAAGCAUGCGGCGCUGCAUUCGGCCGAGGAGGGCAACCUGCAGUGUAAGAUCUGUGAUGAAGUAUUUACUACUACGCAAGAUAUAGUUUAUCACCUAAAAGUCCAUACAGGUAGUCGGACCGUCAAAAAUGAGACUGACAAAAAAUUUACUUGCACCUAUUGCGAUCGACGGUUCUUUACAGCGAAAGACGUGCGACGCCACCAAGUCGUGCACACUGGCAGGAGAGACUUCCUGUGCCCACACUGUCCUCAAAAAUUUGGACGGAAAGACCAUCUAGUAAGACACGUUAAAAACGCUCAUCCCGAAGAAUCAUGGAGAUCCGCAGCUGUCGGCACCUCGAAGGACCCUACACCAGAAGCCUCUUCAUUUGAUGAAAUUGUGAUACCCGAGCCAGCGUCUUUUACUGAAUAUGCAAUAGAGAGUCCAGAUUACGAUUGGAAAUCACCCUCGCCAAAAGACCCAACCCCUGAGGGCCCGACUAGGGUGCCCUCGUCUGAUAUAAUUGUGGAGAUUCCGCCUGAUUUUGAUAUAAAGAUGGAGCCGGUGGAAAUAAAGAUAGAGAGGCCCACGUCGCCGGGCUGCGAGCUUCUGCCGAUGGACUUCCCGGUGGUGUUUAUGGUGCCGCCGACUUUCCAGGCCGCGCCGGACUUGCCGUACCUCACGGAGCCGCUGCCUGAGCUGCUGCCCAGCAGUUUGAUGCUCGAUGAUCCCGGGGAAGGGACGUCGGGGCUGGCGUCGCAGAUGCUGAGUAUUCUGCCUGAGGAGGAGCCUCGGGAAGAGCCGGGUCAGCAGCGGCAGCGGCUGCCGGCGUUCACGCAGGCGUUCCAGACCGCGCAGAGCCCCAAGCCGCCGCCACCGCCCCCUCCGCCACACUAGCAUGUGUGCUACCUCAUUAGGUAAGUGGUCUAGCUAUAGAGUAUGGAAAUGUUAACGGACUCCGCGUGAGACAGGUAUGGGACCGGUUAUUGCCAAAUUGUAUAUUUGUACGUGUCGGGUAUACCAAAAUGUUUCCGAAUUCUACAUGAAUAAGUGGUCUAGUCGUGUAUGUACUUUCGGAAUUGUAUAUUGUUUUAUUUAUAGCGUACAUGUGGCGUUAUGGAGUAUUAUGGGACCAACUCUGAGCUAGGGUGCAGUAGAGUAGUUCUCGAGGGCCUUUGAUCAGGCCGAGUUGAUACUGAGCUAAUUUUGGUGAAACGAGUUGUUGAAUCUCUAGGAGCAAUCAGGGUACACACAAUUAACAAAAACUUGCAAUUAGUUAAAGCGCAACUGAUGCUAUAUUUUCAAGUUAAAUUUGUUUGAGACAAUAGUGGAUGCAUCUCCAUACAAACGUAGAGUACGAGGGUGGAAAUGGGGACUUAUGUUUGUAUGGAGACGCGGUCACGAGAAGUCCCCUUUUCUCUUAACCGUUGCUACAACUACAAACGAUGGGUAGGUAAU